CGCGGCGGCGGGGGCGGCAACAGCAACGGGCCAGGAGAAGGGUGGGCGCCGGCGCCGGCUUCCCGGAAGGAGCCUGGGCCUUUCCCGUGGCGGUGCUGGCGGUGGCGGGACUGGCGGCGGCGUCGCUCUCCUUGCUGGUGCUCGUGUUGGGCCUCUCCGGGGCUGCGCUCUCCCUGAUCGUGGCGGCGGCGGCCGCGGGAUCCUGGAUAGUGUCCUCGGGAUUAGGCGCCGGCGGCAAGGACCGGAGGGGGACCCCCUUGCUGACCCACCGCAUCUCCUUUGCCCCCAAGAGCAGCGAAAGGGUCCUGGCCAACGGGGGCCCCUCCAUGAGCUACUCCUCGCCCGGGCUGCUCGUGCCCGAAAGGAGGCGGGGGCAGGUUUACGGGGAUCACCUGAGUCCAUCAACUCGUUUUAUGCUGAGUCCUCGGCGUCGCUAUCCUAUCCAGCAAGCCCAAUAUGCUGCGUUGGGAACCCUGCCUUCAAUUUGCUGGGAUGAGUAUCGGCGGAAAAACAGGCUAUCCAUUCACCAUUCUAGCAUGGCCCACAGCCCUGUAACAGUGAAGAUUGCUCGGCCAGAAAGCAGCAUUGGCCGUUCUCCACUGUUGGAGCAGUUGGUUUCUCCUGCAGCUUUCUCUUCAGCAUCUAAUACUAUCCUGGAUCCAUGUGCAAAAGAAACUGUCUUGAAUGCUCUCAAAGAGAGCCGGAAGAGAGCUGUGGAGGAAGAAGAGGAGGACCAGAACUUUCCAAAUGGUCAGGAGAACAAGAAGAGGCGCCAUGAUAGUACUGGAAGUGGUCAUUCUGCAUUUGAGCCCUUGGUGGCCAAUGGAGCACCUGCAUCUCUUGUGCCCAAACCUGGCUCUCUGAAGCGAGGACUUGUUCCUUCCCACUGCCUAGAAGAUUGCUCCUCUAAGAGAUCGCGCACUUCUUCCCUCAGUUCUGUGAAUAGUCUGUCUGUGAGUGGUAUACCAAGCUCUAUCCGCAAUGCUAUUGCCAGCUCAUACAGCUCCACCAGAGGUCUCUCACAGCUAUGGAAGAGAACGGGACCAAGUUCCUCUACUCUUUCCAGCCCAGCAUCCUCUCGGUCUCAAACACCUGAAAGGCCUAACAAGAAAGCAAGAUAUCCCAGCUCCAACAUCAUUGAAGAAGAGCCUCAGAAAUCCAACUCGCAAAUGGCUGUGACAGCAGACAAAGAGGCACAGGAAGAGAAGAUUUCAGAAUCACCCUUGAAGAAUAAAUGCAACUAUGUGAGUUCACCAUCUUCCUCAGGAAGCAAUGGCAAGCGGAAGCGGAAGAUUCAGCUACUUUCAGCUCAUCAUGGAGAUAAUUUUGCCUUGCCUCCACCACCUCAGCUAGGCUAUACAGUCACCCCAGAAGACUUGGAUGCAGAGAAGAAAGCAACACUACAGUGGUUCAACAAAGUCUUAGAAGAAAACAUUGCUAAGACAGUUCCAGGGACUGCAGGGAGCCCUCAGCCGCCAGCUUUCUCUGCCUCACUGGAUUUGAGCUCCUCUGUGACAGUGACAUCCCCUAAGCCUCUGGCUCCCAACGUACCUGUUUCCCUCUCUACUGCUCCUCCUCCUCCAGGCACUUCCCUGCCCACUAGUAGCGCAGGCAAUUUGGUGACAGCUUCUUCUGAGCCGGGCCACACUCCAGCCAGGCCCUCGUCUGCUCCAAAGCCCAGCAUCCUCUUUGGGAUCCUCACCAGUCCUCCAGCUGACAAGCCCCCAGCUGCAACCACGCCAUCGUCUUCUGCGCCCUGCACAGUGCCUGUGUUCAAGCCAAUCUUUGGCAGCCCAGCAAAAAGUGAGAACUUUAGCUUCUCCACAAGUGGCACCACUGUGGUUUCUGCCACCGCGCAACCUGUGCCUUCUUUGGCACCUCCGGUUGCUCCCAGCGCCACAUUCAAACCCAUCUUUGGAUCACUGUCUACACCAGCAACUGCUGUCCUGCCUACAACCACUUCAUCGUCUCCCUUCACAUUCGGCCAGGCCCCUCAGCCAGCAGCAGCAUCUGGCCUCCCUGCCAUCAACGCCUCGAGCAGUUUAGGGCUCCCUGUUCACCCAGAGGCCCCCAUUACCACCUCGGUGUCACCUCCUGGAACAGCAAGCGUGACCUUUGUCUCCAUGAGUAAACCUGUGUUCAGUUUUGGGCCAGGCAUCCCAUCCUCUGCCACUGCCCCCAGCAACAGCAGCAGCAAUAGCACUCCUGCCACUGCUGUCUCCACGCUGGCAUCCCAGCCCUUGCUAUUUGGGGCUGCCCCCAAUGCCAGCACAGCUGCCAUGCCCCUUUUCCAGUUUGGCAAGCAAGCUGCCCCCACAGGCGCCACUGUCAAUCUCUUGGCACCCUCCAGCACCACUAACUCAGCACCCACUGUUACUGCCACCGCCGCCACCACAGCCAAUACUGGCUUUGGCAUUUUUAGCGGCGGCAGCAGCAGUUCCACGCAGGCUUCUUCAGCACCAUCGGCCACCACCCAACCUCCACUGACAUUUGGAUCUUGCACCUCUGCGUUCAGCAGCACCUUUGGGGCUGCCUCAAAACCACCCCCUCCCUACCCUGCGGUUACAAGCCAGCUGGCUUUUGAUUCAGGUGUCUCUGAGGGCCAGCAGGCAGCUCUCAAGCCUCCGGCAGCCGGGCCCCUGAACUUUGGGACUCCUUUCAGCUUCAGUGGCUCAGUAGCCCAACCUGCAGCCCAGCCAGCCUUUGGCAGCUCCACGCAGACCCCCUUUGGAGGGGCUGGCCCCAUGGCAUCCUUUGGAGCCAAAAGUACUUCCCAGCCGGCCUUUGGAGUCGCAUCGUCCAUCUUUUCUUUUGGGACAGCCACCACAUCCAGCACGCAGACUACAAGCAGCAGCACAGGGAGCUCUGUCUUUGGAGGUUCAGCCCCGGCUCCGUUCGCCUUUGGGGCAUCGAAUCCCGCCCCGGGCGUAGCAGGCAGCGCUUUUGGCGUUGGCGCCAGUGCUACAGGCACAGGAGUGCCCACGGUCGGAUUCGGUUUCGGCAGCGGGCAGAGCGGAGCUGCAGAGGGAGUGACACCCUUUGGAACUUCCUUGGCACAAAACCCUCUGGGUGCCCAGAACCAAAACUCUGCCUUUGCUUUCAGCAUCCCAAGUACACCUGAGAGCAAGCCAGCAUUCGGAGGAACUCCCACGCCUACAUUUGGGCAAAGUACACCUACCCCAGGAGGCGGCACAGUAGGGAGCUGCAACCUUUCCUUUGGAACACCCAUCACCCCCGCCUUUGGAGGAGGGACACCUACUGCUUUUGGGCCAGCAACAGCCACCUUCUCCAUUGGAGCAGGAUCCAAGACAGGAACUCGCCAACGGCUGCAGGCCCGGAGGCAGCACACUCGUAAAAAGUAACCGGGAGCAGCUUCCUGCCUGGACUUCAACUCCCAGUUGAUCUGCUGACGGAUCCUCCUCAUACUGUACUACCCAAGGAAGACUUAUUCAGCUGGACUGUCCUGGGAGUCUCUUUUCUAUAACAACCCCAGGAAGCUAUUCUGGAUCCAAGAGUGAUUUUUACUCCUUCAAAUGGGAUAGGAGACACUUAAGCCCUUUUUACUUGAACAGUCUAUGGCUGAGUCUGGAUGAAAAAUUUGUACAUAUCCUCUAUUUUCCCUUCUCCCUGUAGACCUCUCCCCUUAAUCUUCCCUUCUUUUCUCUGCUCUUAACUUCAUUCCUUUUUGGCUGCUUAGCGAAGGGAGGUAGGGUGUCGGGGAAAGUAUUUGGCUUGCAGCCAUAUAAACAUUUCUGAUUGAAACCAACUGUUAGCUCCCAUCCUCAGUUUCUUCGUUCUUUGGGAAGCCUUUUCCAGAGAAUCUUCAAGGGCUUCCUUGGAUCGAAAUUCACAUCAAAACACAGUCCCCAGUAAGACCCCUCUGUCCCAUUGGGAUAGCCACCCUGUCUUGCCAAAGCUUUUUGGCUUCGUGUGGUUUUAGCUCCGAGUUGGGAUGUUUAAUAAUCGUUAACAGCAGAGGUGUGGUUGGAUAGCAACAUGAAAUGGAGAAACGUCUUGAUGUCAGAGGUCCAGGGGGAAUCCAUGAGCGUUUGGUGAGGAAGACAGUGCCAUUCACCCCCUACAGCUUCUCAUUUAGGCAGCCUUUCCUUUCCCUCUGCCCUCCCCUCUCCUCCCCUUCAAAUGUCUGUGUUUUGCUCACAGUAUGUUUGUGUUCUUUUUUUAUUGCUCUGUGAAUUGAGUUUGGAGGAAGAAAUGAAUUGUGUGCGUGGCGGCAUGUUGGUAAUGCCGGACUUGUAAACAUUUUUCAGGGUACCUGUCUCCAACGGAGACGAACCCUGCCUAAUUGGGUGUGGACAGUCACUGCAUGGCUACGUGUGCUGAAUGAAGUGUGAAGACUUCGACUUUGGAAGGCUGGAAGCGCCAUUUUGAGUCGGGACCCCAGGCCUUCCGAGGAAGACCUGCCUCCCUGAUGUUUGGUGGCUCCGGGACCUUGUGAAAAGUUCUUGUUGUGUGCUGAGUCUUGGAGUAGGGAGGGAAAAGUGUUUCUAAGGUGGAGGAGUAAAAUCAUAAGCCCUGUGGGGCUCUGGCUGAAAUCUGAUUUUUUUUCCUUUUUUCCAACUUAAAAAGAGCUUGAGCCACAGCAGUCAGCCAUUGCGGGUAGACAAAGCAGCUCGGCAACAAAAACGGUUCUCCUCAGCCAGUUUUGUUCUUGGAAGUCAGGCCAGCUGCCAGCGGUGUGAAUGUGUGCGUGAGCCUGCCUAAUUCUAAAUUUAAAAAAAAAAAUAUUUAAACAUUUUUUAACAAAGUGAAACUUUAUUUUUAUAUUUAAGCUAAAUUGCCUUUAAAUUCCUUCAAGCUUGGUUCAUAGAGGUGUGAAAGUACAAAGUUGUUCAUUAGCAAUUUGCCUGUGUGCUGUUAGGAGACAACAGGGCUUAUAGGGACGGUGGGGAGGGGGGGGAACAUCUGCUUUCUUGCCACCACCCCCUUCGGGCUUCACAGGUCAGUGUUUCAUGUGUUUGUUGAAUAAUGUGAGUGUGGCUCCGUCUGUUCCAUAACGCUUGAGAGCUCUUGCACGUUUCAGUGGGGCUGGGAAAGUGAAUCUGGUAUCGGUGCUUGUCAUUUGGAAGGAAGGCAGAUGAUGUGUGGCUUGUAAAAGAAUGGCCACUUCAGUGAUUGCUUGGGACAGUGACUAACUUUGUUGGGGGAAAAGGGCCAUCUUCAAGAAUCCCAUCCAGUUGGUUGACUGGUUAACUAAUAUUCUUAAUAAUAACGGCUCAUAUUUCAUCUCUCCACGUAUGGCAGUGGAAGGGGCGGGUGGUUAGUCCUCUGCCAUGGGGUGGUGUUUGCUUAGUGCCCGGAGUCUGCAAUGAACCAGUCAUUUCUCCAGCUGGGAAGCAGCUGCCCCCCUCAACCAUCCCUAUAAAGGUAGAGCACCUUUUGUUACCGAGAUAUUGCUGUGUGUGAAUGAAAUGAAGUACGUAAAAAUAAAAAGAAUGGGCUGGCUUUUUUAAAAAGUUGCAAUGGAGACUUGGAUCAUUCCUGUCAAGGGUUUUAGUGUGACUGUGCAAUUUCUUUUCCUUGCUUAUGUUGAUUUAAAAUAAAACUGCUUGAGCCAGAAUGUUUUUUUACUCUGUUUUUUUGGCCAAAUAGCCUCCUGGAGUGGCUUGACAGAUCAAUAAAAGAUGCUAGUCUCUG